UAGUUUCUGUAUCACUCCACACACACGCACAGAGAUCAUAGAGAUAGAUUCAUAUAUGAAGAUGGCGUUCAAUAAUAUUAUUCUUGUUCUAGCCGCUCUAAGUGUUGGUCUAAUUGUGUCUUCGACUUCUUCACCAGCUGGGCUACAGGUCCACGCUGCUGCCCCAAUAUCAUCAUCAUCAAUAUGCAGCCAAGUCCCCUACCCUCAACCAUGCAAUUCUCUGGCCGCCAGUUAUAAACCAGCUGAAGCAGGAUCCAUUGAUAAUAAAACCUCAACCCUGUUUAGUUUUAUUCGUGAUUCGACCAUUCGGCUCAGCUUCCGCCAAGCCCAACAGGCCCACAGGCUCUUUUCAUCCAUGGACGCCAGCUCAUUUGACCCGCAAGCCAAGCUAGCCUGGUCUGACUGCUUGGAGAUGUCCGAGGACACCGUUCACCAGCUUAACCGCUCCGUCGGUUGCAGUAGCCCUCAUAGCGUCCAAACUUGGCUCAGCGCCGCCCUCACCAACCAGCAAACUUGCGCGAACGGCUUUGCUGAUUUCAACUUGUCUUUUGAUCAUUAUUUGCAGUCCUUCCCUAAUAACAUGUUCGCAGACUUGUCCAAGUUUCUUAGCAACUCUCUGGCCAUAAACAAGCAGCUGCUGCUGCAGGCAACGACCACCACUACUACCUCAUAUUCCGCUAAGCGGCAGCAGACGCGCAGCAGACGCCGCCGGCUGCUAGCUCACGGCUUCCCGGGCUGGCUGCCGGCCGCCGACAGGAAGCUUCUUCUUCUGGAGUCCUCUAACUCUGAGCAAAAGGCCGACGUUGUGGUGGCGCAAGACGGAUCAGGCAACUACAAGACCAUCUCAGAGGCGGUGGCGGCGUCCUCGAAGCGGCGUAGUGGGGACGCGAGAUUCGUGAUAUACGUGAAAGCCGGUGUGUACAGGGAGAAGAUCGAGAUUGGGAGUUCAAUGAGGAACCUGAUGUUUGUCGGAGAUGGGAUUGGUGCUACUGUCGUUACCGGAGAUAGAAAUAGAGGCGGCUCCACAACUUACGACUCCGCAACUUUUGGUAUUUCCGAAGACGGUUUCAUUGCUCGGGACAUGAGCUUCGAAAACACGGCAGGACCUGAGAAAGGGCAAGCAGUCGCAGUGCGCUGCGGCAGCGAUUUCUCGGUCUUCUUCAGAUGCAGCUUCAAAGGCUACCAAGACACCUUAUAUGUCUAUUCGAAGCGACAGUUCUACCGGCUUUGCGACAUCUACGGAACCCAAGACUUCAUAUUCGGGAAUGCCGCUGCAGUUUUCCAGAACUGCAACAUAUACGUGAGAAAACCGUUGAGCAAUCAGGAUAACUACGUGACGGCUCAGAAAAGAAGCGAUCCGAACCAGAACACGGGAAUCGUAAUCCACAAUUCCAUGGUUAAGGCUGCGGGAGAGGGGGCUGGUUCGCGCAAGACGUAUCUGGGGCGGCCCUGGCAGAAGUAUUCGAGGACGGUGUUCAUGAAGUGCUUUCUGGACGAUUUGAUUGCCCCGGAGGGAUGGGCUGAAUGGAAUGGGAACUUUGGCUUAAGCACCCUAUAUUAUGGCGAAUACAUGAACAGUGGUCCUGGUGCAGGGACUAGUGGAAGGGUGAAGUGGCCCGGGUACCACGUUAUUACCUCUUCUACGGAGGCCGGCAAAUUUACGGUUGCCACUUUCUUGGCCGGAGAUACAUGGAUUCCAGCCACCGGAGUGCCCUUUACCUCUGGCCUUUGACUGUGUGUAUAUAUAUACAAGUCCACGUUAUAUAUAUAUAUAUAUAUGUAUGUGAAAUAGAAAUAAAAUAAUGAACAGCUGUGAUCCUUUCAGUUUUUGUU